AUGGCCUACAUGGAACAAAUUGGAUGUGUGCAUCGGGAUCUGCGCUCAGAGAACAUCCUUCUGUCCGCCAUGAUGUCCUGUAAGAUUGGAGACUUUGGACUGGCCCGUUUCAUGGAGAGUUCUUCCAUCGCCAUCUCUGCAGGUAACUGA